AGAGAGCUUCUUCUUCACCCUUCAGUUCAGCCAUCAUCACGUUGUUGUUGUUGUUGUUGUUGUUGUUGAUGAUGUUCUCACAAUAACAGCAAGGGGUUACUAACAGUAAUCACCAAACAAUGUCUUGGCUCUUCGGCUCUCUCCAACCAGACGAUCCACUUGAUGAAGCCAAGCAACCACACAGUCCUUCCAGUUCCCGCGUACCAAACGACAUGUCGUUUCUCGGCCAAACCCUCUGCAGCCAACUCCGCGGCGUCGCCAGCUUUCUCGCUCCACCACCACCAUCAUCAUCACCGUCCCACGACGCCGUUCCCUCCUCCAAUUCUCAACCGCAGCCGCCGUCACAAUCGCAAUCGCAAGCGCUUUUAGGAAUCCGAAACGAUCUGGUGGAGAUCGGCGGCAGCUUCAAGAGCGGUCUCUCGCUUCUCUCUACAAAUAGUAACAAAGCCGUCACUGAGAUCUCCAAGUUCGCUUCGAACUUGUUGCAGCUUCAGAACAAAGCUCUGGAAGACGAUGCUGAUGAUGAUGAUGAUGAUGAUGAUGACGCUUCCGUGCCGGGGAUUACCGACGACGUUAUCGGUUUCGUCACCGAAAUUUCGGUGCUGCCAAACUAUUGGACCGACUUUCCUAUACUAGUCGAUCACGAUUUCAGCAUGUCUGAUGCUCAGAGAGAACAUGCCUCCACUGUUGAACGAUUGGUUCCAGGCUUUGCAGACCUAAGAACCAGACUUGGCAGUUCCAUGAGCGAGAAACGAUUUUGGAUGAUCUAUUUCUUGCUGUUGCUUCCGAGACUAAAUGAACCCGAUUUUGAGCUUCUAUCAACCCCCAAGAUUGUUGAAGCAAGAGACGUGCUUCUGCACAAGCUUCAAAACAAGAGGAACACACAGGUGGAUUGCUGUGAGAAGUCAAUUCUUGAUUCACCUAAAAAGGACAUCCAGGUUGGAAAGGCACAAGGGGUGGAAAUCUCAUCUCAAGAAAAUGAAGCUUUGACUGAGAUAGUUAAUACAGCAGGAAGGUUAAAGAUCGAUGAGGAAGAGAGCACUGAGCAGUGGUCUGAAGAGACAAGUAUUAGUUCUGUCACUUUCGUGGAUGGCCAAAGGAAACAUGAAACUGAAGAGGAUAUCUCAUUCAGCGAUUUAGAGGACGAUGAAAAUGACCUUUCUAGUUCUACUAGACUAUCAGGCCUAAGGCGAGGACGAGACGUCAGGGCAUGUUCACCCUAUGGGUCAAAUGACUGGGUUCAGCUGAAUAGAAGUUCUGAGAUUGAGGGUGGCCAGCGAAAGGCUGGUCAGUCAAAAGAGAGAGAUUCAGAAGGUGAGGAUUCAAAUGACUGGCUUACUGUAGAUGGGUUUGAUUAGGCAAUACUAGCAGCAGCUUGUUUGCCAACUCAUUGUAAAGUUUCUGUUUCUUUUUCUUUUUCCGCUUUUUGGGUUGGGUGGGCUGGAUUCUGUACUUAUGGGUAUUAACAUCUUAUACAAGCUGUUUAAAUUAAUAA